CAGAAACAGAUAUUAACGUAAAAGCCCACAAACAAGAAAAGCGAAAUUUCAAAAAACCAUUUCAAAUUUGUUUUGCAUGCAUAUAUAUAUGCAAAACACAAAAAUCAUGAAGUCCCCUCUCUCAAUCUCUUCUUCUUCAUCGUCCAAUCUCAGAAAGCCUCGUAUAAUAAGCUCUCCCUAUCUGUUUUCCUUGUUACCAUUCCUCCUCUUCGUCGCCAUCCUCUAUGGAGAAGAUUUCAUGUGCCUAUUCGGUUCGGAACGGCCUUUUUCCAGAACGGUGAAGAAGAAAGAGAAAUUGACUUUCGCCGUUGGGACGAUGGAAGAAGGAUGUGACGUGUUUAGAGGAAGAUGGGUUCGGGACGAGUCAAAUCGGCCGCUUUAUCAGGAAUCGGAGUGUCCAUAUAUACAACCGCAGUUGACCUGCCAAGAGCAUGGAAGACCAGACAAGGAGUACCAAUACUGGAGAUGGCAACCCCAUGGUUGUGAUCUUCCUAGGUUCAAUGCCACACUUAUGCUUGAGACACUCCGGGGGAAGAGGAUGAUGUAUGUAGGAGAUUCUCUGAACAGGGGUCAAUACGUUUCCAUGAUUUGUCUUCUUCACUCGCUCAUCCCUGAAGAUCAAAAGUCCAUGGAAACCUUCGGUUCACUAACUGUCUUCACUGCCAAGGAAUACAAUGCCACGAUUGAGUUUUAUUGGGCACCAUUACUCCUGGAAUCGAAUUCUGAUGAUCCUGUCUUCCACAGAGUAUCAAAAAGGAUUAUUAGGAAAGAUUCUAUAAACAAGCAUGGCAAACAUUGGAAAGGCGUUGAUAUACUAGUAUUCAAUACGUAUAUAUGGUGGAUGACUGGCUUGAAGAUGAGGAUCUUGCUAAACGGGUCCUUUGACGAUGAGGUGAAAGAUAUCGUGGAGCUGACAACUGAGGAAGCUUAUCGUAUGGGGAUGGAGAAUAUGUUGAGAUGGGUUCGCUUGAAUAUGGACCCCAAGAAGACAAGAGUCUUCUUUACUAGCAUGUCACCCUCGCAUGGAAAGAGCAUAGAUUGGGGAGGUAAAGAAGGAGGAAACUGCUAUAAUGAGACAACCAUGAUUGAAGAUCCAACAUAUUGGGGUUCGGAUUGCAGGAAAAGUGUAAUGGAGGUGAUUGGGGAAGUGUUCAGCAAAUCAAAGGUUCCCAUCACAUUUCUAAACAUCACACAACUCUCAAGUUAUCGUAAAGAUGCACACACAUCAAUCUACAAGAAGCAGUGGGGCCCAUUGACUCCUGAGAAAUUAGCCAACCCUGUAAGCUAUGCAGAUUGUGUGCAUUGGUGCUUACCUGGCCUUCAAGAUACUUGGAAUGAGCUCCUGUUUGCCAAACUCUUCAACCCUUGA